ACAUUCUUCUCACCGAAGAUGUCAGUCUAAAUUCUCCGCGCAGCGUCUUAACUCCCUCUUCCAUCGUUGUUGUUUACGCUAGUAUAGAAUAUUGUGAGGGUUUUACAUUUAUCCUGCUGUGUUUCCUUAAUGGAUCUUCUGGAGCAUAGCAAUUGUUUUAUAGAGGCACAUGAGGUAAGCAUAGCUUCAGCUCGUGCUUCGGUUAUGGUGUAUGACGACACGAACAAACGUUGGAUUCCAAGUGGCUCAUCGUCAGGCCUUUCGAAGGUGCAUAUUUAUCACCACCAAACCAAUAAUUCUUUCCGUGUCGUCGGAAGAAAGCUCCAAGACCACGAAGUCGUAAUCAAUUGCGCACUGGUUCGUGGAUUGAAGUACAAUCAAGCCACUCCUACUUUCCAUCAGUGGCGGGACAACAAACAAGUUUACGGCCUUAAUUUUAGCAGCAAAGAUGAUGCCGAUGCAUUUGCAAUUGCAAUGCUUCGUGCUUUGGAGACGAUGAGCAGCAGUAUUCCUCGUUCCACACCUCCGCAAAUUCCUCAGGCUAUUUAUCAAGCACCCAACGGAUCCGGAUUCGAAGAAGAAAAUACUUACAUGGUUCAGCAAGAGAGACGGUUAUCACAACAACAACAGCAAGGACUGAAUCAUUCUACCAGUAACCCUGCAAUGCAACCAAUGAACACACAAUCUGUUGGCCAUCAAAGAAAUAAUUCUGCUCCAUUAGCUCCUCCUUUACCUGUCGGUCCCCCAGCCCCUCCUCCGCCACCUCCGCCUGCCCCUGUGUUGCCGGGAGGCCCCGUUCCUCCUCCUGCACCCCCUCUUGCUCCACCAGUCCCAUCAAUGAUAUUGAAUAGCGCUCAACUGGCCCAGCCAACUGGUGGAUCAUCCCCAAUCGGUGCGGGCGGGCCGCCGCCUCCACCACCUCCUCCACCAGGUCUUGGAAGAUCGCUUAGCAACGAUGGUGAUCCUGGAUCUCUGGCAAAUGCCCUUAAAAAUGCCAAAUUGAAAAGAAGCAACAAGCAGUCAGCAGAGAGCAGCAGUAGUAGCAGUAGUAGCAGCAGCAGUACAUAUGGUACCAUAGGUCGAGGACAAACUGAACGUCCGGGUAUAGGCGGAAUAGGUUCCAUGAUGGAUGAAAUGGCGAAGACGCUUGCUAGACGCCGUGCUGCGGCUGAAAAUAAAGACGUUACUCAACCGGAUGAUCUAACCGAAAAAAAAAAUUUCGGAAGCAGUAAAAUAAAUGGAAGUAGUAUCUUAUCGGUUCCUGGAGGAGGUGACUCACCGCUAGGAAAUAGGAAACGAAGUGGAUCUACUGGAGAAGAGUCAAAUUGUCGCAUAGGUAAUGGCGACGUUGCAGUUGAUUUCGAUCUACUAAAACAAGAGUUAGUACUGGAAAUCCGGAAAGAAAUCAACAGAGUGAAACAGGAAAUUAUCGAAGUCAUUCGACAAGAAUUAGGUCGGCGAUAAAGAGUGCCGAGGAUCCCACGGAAAGUUUUAUUCUAUUUUUUUCCACCAGUUUUAUUAUUUCAUUAACUGUAUCUUGGCCCUCCCUUAAUGAAUCGCGCAUAUUUAAUCCCAACACUGCUUAAUUCUUUCUACUCGUUUUUUAUGACGUUCCAUAACGUUCGUCGGAACUCUGCCGACAAUUUCUUCUAAGUUGACUCCCUAGCUGACGUACUUUUUUCAAAUUCGAAUUGGAUAGUCCAGACGAUGUUGAAUGUCUUCUAGUGAUAAUGUGAAAGUUUAAUUUCGUUUUGAUGGUGGGAUUGGGUUAAUCCUAUUCUCCUAAUUGGUAAAACACAAAAGCCAUACUAUUUUACUGUCGGUCAACUGCGUCGUUGCCCAGUCUGUUCUUUUUUUUUUCUCCUUUUUUUCACCUUUUUUUCACCCUUUUGCAUUGAAAAAUAUUUUCUACCCUUGAAUGAAUAUGAACGAGGUUCCGCCAUAAGUGUGUUUGACAGCGUAACCCCCUUCAAUCUCAAAAUUUUUUUACUGCAAUAUUGUUUUAUUCUUAAAACGUUUUCUUUGUGUCAAUUAAAGCUAUCCUGGCAAAGAAAACCAAAUUGGGCUGUUUCGUAUACCGAUUUAAAAAUUUCACCAACGAAAUAAAUUAUGUUAUAAGCCGAAA